UAAUGGUUAUAAUUUUCAAGGUUAUUGAUAACUAUUUAAAUAAUUCCACUUUUAUCACUCCGAACCAUUGUAGACAUCGUGCUCUCAUAGUAAUCGUUAAAAUAUGACCACUCUUCUGCCACAGUUAUCAAAAACAUGCAAACUUUCAUUGAAAUCGACUAGACUAGUUUUUAAGAGGAAGUUACACCGGAAAUUGAGUUACUAUCAUCAGGUAGGUAAAGAGCCACUGAUUCCAGUAACAUUGGGAACGUUGCUUGAGAAAGCAGUGGGAAAAUAUGAAGACAGGGAAGCUAUCAAAGUCAUACACCAAAACAGAACGUUGACUUACAAGGAGGUCCUAAACGAAUGCGAUAAAUUAGCGGCAGCUUUGAAGGAUGUAGGUUUAGAAAGAGGAGACAGAGUUGGAAUAUGGGCCACGAACAUUCUAGAAUGGUACAUAACCAUGUUUGCUUGUGCUAGAGCUGGAGUCAUUCUAGUUACUAUAAAUCCAGCGUAUCAGCCUCCAGAGUUAGAAUACUGUAUUAACAAAGUUGGAAUAAAGACAUUAAUAAGCCAGGACAAAGACAAAUACAAAGAUUACUACGACUUUUUAACGGACAUAGCACCCAGCAUACGGUCGUCAGAACCAGGGAAAAUAAACGAUCCAAAACUACCCUCUUUAAAAUCAGUUAUCGUCACAGGAAGCGAAGAACGAAAGGGCGCUUUUAAUUAUAACGAGUUCGUAAACAGGCCCAGCAAACAAUCUGUAAACGCAAUAAAAAAUAAUCAGCAUCUUAUAGAUCCAGAUGAAGGAUUUAAUAUACAAUUCACUUCAGGCACCACGGGGUUUCCAAAGGCAGCUUUGGUAAAUCACUUUACCAUGGUAAAUAAUUCUCUGCAGAUAGCUCUUAGGGCGAACAUUUUAAAUAAACACCAUCGCAUUUGUAUACAAGCCCCGUUCUUUCAUGCCUUGGGGACGGUUGUUUCUCUGCCAACAGCGCUACAUGCUGGAGCCACCUUGGUUGUCCCGUCGCCCACUUUUAAGCCCCAUGCUGUUUUGGACGCCAUUAAAAACGAAAAAUGCUCUGUGAUAACAGGAACCCCAACUAUGUACAUUGAUUUGGUCAGAGCCCAGGAAGAGAGACAGGAAAACAUCAGUUUAGAUCUCGCAAUAACUGGAGGGGCUCCAUGCUCUCCCCGUUUAUUCGAAGAAAUGAGAAACGUUCUAAAUGUCCAAAAACAACAAUCCGUGUACGGUUUAACGGAAUUGACCGCUGUAGCGUUUCAAUCGUUAGUAAAUGACGAUAAAGAAACCGUGCUGACAACGGUCGGAUGUGUUGGUGAUCAUUUGGAAGUAAAAGUGAUCGAUGAUACUGGGAAGAUAGUGCCGUGUGGGACUCCUGGAGAACUGUGCGUCAGGGGUUAUUCUUGCAUGUUGGGAUACUGGGGAGACGAGGAAAAAACGAAAGAGAUGAUGGGACCUGACAGAUGGUUAAAAACGGGUGACGUAUUCAUUCUUGAAGAGAGCGGCUAUGGUAAAAUUGUCAGUAGAAAAAAGGAUGUAAUUAUAAGGGGUGGGGAAAAAAUAUUCCCCAAAGAAAUCGAAGAUUUUCUGACUGCUCAUCCCGACAUUGUGGAAUGCUAUGUGGUUGGGGUUCCCGACGAAAGGCUAGGUGAAGAAGUUGUUGCAUGUUUAAGAAUGAAAAAUGGUACCGUUGUUUCUGAGCUAGAUAUCGCACAGUUUUGCAAGGGAAAAAUUUCUCAUUAUAAAAUCCCAAAGAAGGUCAAAAUUGUAGACGAUUUUCCAAAGACAGGAUCCGGUAAAGUUCAGAAAUUCAAAUUACAGGAACAAUUUGCAGCGGCUUGUUAAUUAAUAAAUUGUUAGAGAUUGAUUUAUUAGUUAAUUUUCUAUUUUUCUAUUAAAAAAUAUAGUCGUAUAU